UUGUGAGUCUUUGUAGCGAAAGGAAACAAACUGGUUGGGGUGUGUGUUGGUUGGACCGGUCGGUGCACGGGCACGGCCUUCGCGACGACGCCGAGGCGCAAACUCGGCGCAGCGUGCAGCGAGCGCGGCUAGCGCGGCCAGCGCCAGCGCGGAGCUACGGGCACCGGCCCUCGCCCCCGAGGCCCCCGCCGAGGCCGCGGCCCGGGACGCGUCGCGAGUGCAGUGCAGUGCAGUGUGUUGUUGUGUGAACAUGAGUUAGGACGCCGCCCCCCCUCGACGCCAAGAUGCAUACCCUUUUCGGCGACCAGAACGCCUACUACCGCCACCCGGGCAUGUCCGGCAUGUCCGUGGGGCCGGCGGUGGGCAUGGGCCCGGCCGUGGGCACCAUCGCGUCGUACCCGUACGACCAGUACACGCGCUACGGCUACUCGGGCUACCCGCAGCAGAUGCCGCACAAGGACAUGGUGAAGCCGCCCUACUCGUACAUCGCCCUCAUCGCCAUGGCCAUCCAGCACGCCCCCGAGAAGCGCGUCACCCUCAACGGCAUCUACCAGUUCAUCAUGGAGCGCUUCCCGUACUACCGGGACAACAAGCAGGGCUGGCAGAACUCGAUCCGCCACAACCUCAGCCUCAACGAGUGCUUCGUGAAGGUGCCGCGCGACGACAAGAAGCCCGGCAAGGGCAGCUACUGGGCGCUCGACCCGGACUCGUACAACAUGUUCGACAACGGCUCGUACCUGCGGCGCCGGAGGCGGUUCAAGAAGAAGGACGCCCUCAAGGAGAAGGAGGAGCAGCUCAAGCGCGCGAUGCAGACGUCGCCGCAGCAGCCGCAGCAGCAGCAGGCCGUGAAGCAGGACAAGGAGGACAAGCAGAGCAAGCAGGCGGCUCAGGACUGCAAGCCGCUCAAGCGGGAGCCGCUGUCCGCCUCCACGGACCACCUGAGCGCCUGCAAGUACCUGCAGCAGGACGUCAAGCCCCCCGCCGUCACCCUGGCCGACGUGCAGCAGGCGCAGCAGGCCUCGCAGCACGGCCUGGACACCACCGUGCUGGACGGCGCCGGCGGCUCCGUCAUCGUGGGCCCCGGGACCUUCGACACGCUGAGCGCGUCCCCGCAGCCCGGCUACGCGCGGUACCCCUACCACUGCGCGCAGUACCAGCACCCGGCCGCGCACCCCGCCGCGCACCCGCACGCGCACCACCAGCAGGUGCUCCACGACGUGCGGCACGACCCGCGGCAGCACCAGCAGGAGGACGUCCUCGGCCAGCAGCAGUUCGCGCGCCACGGCCACGCCUGGUACACGCCCGUGUCGCCGCCCGAGGCGGCCGCCUCCCCGGACACCGCCUCCAUGUACGACGGCCACAACCCGAGCUGCCAGCUGGGCGUCGGCCACCAGACCCACCAGAGCUCCCACCACGUGCCCCACUCCGGGGCGCACCCGGGCGCCCACCAGGGCGCCCACCACCAGCACGUGUACUACCAGCAGGACUGUGGGGCCGCCAAGUACUGAGGGCUCCCACCAGGGCUCCCACCAGG